AUGAGCGUUUGUACCGCUGAGGGUAAAUCCCUGGUCGAUGAUGAAAACAUAAAACAGACACCUGGGUUAUUAUCCCUGCCCGAAGAAGCGGAAAAUGACACAAACUUCAACCGCCUGGACGUGUUCGAUAUCAAACCAGAGCAGGCUUUGGAACUCUUGUGUGUUUGCAUGGACAAACUCGAGGCAAUGCAGACAGUGAGCAUGCUAGGCGUUCAAGAUGGCGAUUCUUAUUCGGGUCCUGAGGACACGCCAACACAGGCGCCCGAAUUGCAUGUCUAUGGCGACCGUCGCGAUCGCAUGCAACAGUCUCUUCUGUCUAGGCGUUUCGUCUCGAAGCGAGAACCACCGAUAACAUUAAGGGAAUAUCUCUCGCGUCUUCAUCGCUACUGUCCACUGUCCACUGGGGUGUAUCUUGCCGCAAGCCUAUUCAUCACUAGAAUAGCAAACGCCGACCGAGUCAUAUCGGUGAACCGGAAGAAUAUUCAUCGCCUGGUACUCGCUGGUCUGCGCGUAGCGAUGAAGACGCUUGAGGACCUCAGCUAUUCGCAUGGUCGGGUUGCUAAAGUUGGAGGAGUGUCAGACUGGGAACUCACUCGGCUGGAACUCGGCUUCUGUUUUCUCGCAGAUUUCAAACUACGUGUCGACAAACAAAUGCUAGCUGAGCAGGCAAGAGCUCUACAAUGGCACAUGGCACACUCAUCCUCACCCAAUCUGGGCACUUAA